UAUUUGCCCUUGGUUAUUAAGGCGUAAUGAAAACUUUGAACUAUGUGGUGGGUAAACUUGCUUAUUUUAAGGUCAUACUUAACAGUUCUUGGUGAUGGGAUAGUUUUUUUAGUGUUCUGGUGAUGGGACUAGGUGUCUAGAUGACGUUGGAGCGGGGAUAGAAAAGGUGCCGCCCACAGACUGGGCGCAACCCCGCCCGUCGUAUAUAUAGACCGGUGCGUGGGCUAGUUUCCUCACCCUGUUCUGGUCCCCGUGACAGACAGCCUAAAUCCCCACAACCUAACCCUAGCUCCCGCUGAUCUCUCCCUACCCCGAUCCCUCUGCCACAGAUGUCGUCAGAGCCACCGCCUGCAGAGCCCUCCGUGGUCGUAGAGUCCACCAGGCCGUCGGCCUCACCGUCGAAGGAAUCAGAGCCCGCAGUGGUUAGGGGUGCAGCCGUCGUCGCCGCCACGCAGGUUGCUGCCCACGAGAAGAAGGCGCUGUGGCUCGGCAACCGGCCUGCGCAUGCGCGCGAGGACGACGUCGUGGGGUCCUUCGCCCCGCACAAGGCUCUCGACUACGUCAUCAUGUGCGUUAGGUACCGCAGUUGCGCCUUCAUCAUUUUCCGCUCCAUUGCCGACUAUCGGACCGCCCUCGAGGUGCUCCGCGGGUCCAAGUUCAAGGGCUCCUUCAUCCUGAUUGAGUUCGCCCGGCCGGCGGUGCGGGCUGAGGCCUCCAGCAGCUCUGAUAUAUGUAGUUAUUCGAGUGGAGGCACAAUGGAUCAGCGGCAACGGGGUGGUCUGGUGGAGGCUCACUGGUGGCUGGAGGCAGCAGUGCUCAGGGUCCAAGGAAGCGCGGCGCGUGAGGCCCUUGAUAUGGUGGAUGGGCACGUGUGAGGCAAUAGCGAGGGAAACCUUGACACCGGUGAAUAGCCCACAAGAAGCGGUAGCACUGGAUUCCAGGGCGCCGGAGGCGGCAGCCGCGAGGAGGUUUGUGUGGUGGGAGACGUCGGCAGCGCGCGGGGAGGCCAGCCCAUCCGGAUUUCUUUAUAACUGCGGGUCAUUUGGAUUGGGUGACGAUGGGUCGGGUUGGGAAUUUUUUUUCUCAAUGAAAUAGUUUUCCCGAUUGGGGAACAUUGGUCUGGUCUGGUAGCUCUUUUUUGUUCCGGAUCUUUAGCGAAUCGUUUUCUACCACUUAAGUAUGACAGUGGUGCGUAAUUGUUUUUUCGGAUCUUUAGCAAAUUGUAUUUCGGAUUAGCGACUAAUGAGCUGGUCGGUCAACUAUUUUUCAAAUCUUUAGCGAAUCAUUUUCUACCACUUAUGGAUGGGAGUGGUGGGUUAUUAUUAUUUGGGAUCUUUAGGAAAUCGUAUUCCAGAUUGGGGAACAAGGGUUUGGUCAGGCAUCUUUUUUUCCGGAUAUUCAGCGAAUCAUUUUCCACCACUUAUGGCAGUUUUCAGGAUUGGGGAACAAGGGCCGGGUCAGGUAGUUUUUUUCCGGAUCUUUAGCGAAUCGUUUUCUACCACUUAUGGAUGGCAGUGGUGAGUAAUUGUUUUUUUUGAAUCUUUAGCAAAUCGUUUCCCUGAUUGGGGAAGGGUCGGGUCGGGCAGCUCUCUUUUUGGAUCUUUAGCAAAUCAUUUUCUACCACUUAUGGAUGGCAGUCAUGGGUAAUUGUUUGAUACUUCAGGGGCGAAGUCGGGACAAACGGGCAGAAGCACGAAUUCGGUUAUAAGUGUUCAAGAAAGCGUUGUGGUAGUGAAGUAUAUUAUGGUGAUUUGUGUUGUGGUAGAAAUACUUUUUUUUAUUAGGGUCAGGAUGGACGGGCGGAAGCACGAGCCACAGAUACAUAAACUUAUGAUUAUUUGUGUUGUGGUAGGGGCACAUUCUUUUAUUAGGGUCAUUUUCAUUAUUUCAAUUUGUGGCGUUGGCACAAUGACAUGCUACAAACACCCAACAUGAUAUUCGACGAGUGCGACGACAUGCUUCGACGACGGCGUUGAUGCUUCCAGGUGUGCUGCGAUGGUUGCGAUGAUGGCAGCACGACACGAUUCUAACGCCCGUGCGGUGCUCUGACAACCGCUGCGAUGGAGCGAUGACACGCUUCUAACGCCCGUGCUGUAAUUCGGCGACUGUGAUGAAGCUAUGAUGGCAGGCCUCAACGGCCAUGGCGAUUCAACGAUGCGACAUUGUGUUUUGACAACCGCGGCGAUGCUACGAUGGAGGCCCGACAGUGUCGACGAUGCCGCGACAACAUAUUUCAUGGUCAUGGCAGUGUUGAGACGACGGGCAUGACUGCUUCAAUGAUGUUGCGAUGGCCACGGUGAUGGCGGACCAACUACUCUGAUAAUGGUGCAAUGGCAUUUGUAAAGGCGGCGGCGGCGUCAACGAUUGCGUGUGAGGGGGCUGUGGUGUGGUGUGCGCAACAUCGACUUCAACAACUUCCUAAUACUGAAUGAAACCAACACCCACGAUCAAUCAUACAAUGUUAGAGUAUUUGUACAAUCACAUGUAUAACUACCUGGCAAAGCAUUGCAUGUGAAGUAAUGAUACGUCUCCAACGUAUCUAUAA